AUGACGUUGGCUACCCGUCGCAUUGCUCCGGUCUUGUCCAUCCUACGGCCAGCAGCCCAUAUACCUCAAAUCAACAUACAACCAAGAACUAUCAACUACGUUCAUAGUCGCACAUUCUCGGCCUCGAUUCCAUAUUACGCAGCUAUGGAGCACGUAUUCUCUCCAAAGGCAGUCGCUCCUAUUGGGCCAUACACUCAGGCCAUCAAAGCCAACGGCAUGGUCUUCCUCUCGGGCCAAAUCCCCGCCAAUUCACAGGCUAGGCUCAUAGAAGGUACCAUUGCUGAGAAGACGCACAAGAUGUGUCAGAACGCAAAGGCUGUUCUGGAAGCAGCAGGUUCCAGUCUUGACAAGGCUGUUAGGGUAACGGUUUACUUUCAAAAUAUGGAUGACAUGAAGGAAAUGAACGAGGUUUAUGCCGAGUAUUUUCCACACAAGCCUGCUAGAAGUGCAUGCGAAUCCCUGAGACUCCCUGCUGGUGCAAGCAUGGAGAUGGAUAUCAUUGCGUUGGAAUAG